CUCUUUUCUCUCUUUAUCAAGUUGAGGCCAAGCUGCAGAGGGAGAAACAGCUGAAGGUGGAAAAAGCUAAGGUCAUUGAGGUCAAGGUCAACAUGUCGAUUGAGGAAAGAACAACUAAGGAGCAGGAAUCGAGAAAAGCCAACUGGAGGCUAGAGAAGACAAAGAAACAACUUGAAGCAGAAGAGAAGAGGGGAGUCCAGGAGAAAGCAAAGGCCAAGCUGCAGAGGGAGAAACAGCUGAAGAUUGCAGAAGAGGAGAAGAUGAAGGUGGAGAAAGCUAAGGUCAUUGAGGUCAAGGUCAACAUGUGGAUUGAGGAAAGAACAACUAAGGAGCAGGAAUCGAGAAAAGCCAACUGGAGGCUAGAGAAGACAAAGAAACAACUUGAAGCAGAAGAGAAGAGGGGAGUCCAGGAGAAAGCAAAGGCUACCAUGACAAGGCAAGCUACGCCAUUCCCAGCUACUACAACCCAGUCCCCUGGAUGCCUAUACACACCCCAAAUAUACACAAGCCUGUUGCAAAGGGGAAGAGCCAUUUGAAGCAUGUUUUACAUUUGCAAAUAUCUUUCUUAAAAA